AUGGACGCUCCUGCCCAGCACCCUGAAAUCAGGAAACAGGACUCUCCCUGUGACUCCAUCUUCAGAUGCCCUGGCCCCUUUCUUCUCCCGUAUCCCUGCUUCCUCCCUAGCGACAGCAAGGUGUGCCUGGGUCAGCACAGCCUGGAUGCUAAUGAUGACACUGGUCAGGACGUAGCUGCCAGCCGUUCCAUCCCACACCCGCUCGACAUGAGCCUCCUAGAGCCCAGAUUUCUCAGCCCCGACGCUGACAACAGCCACGACCUGAUGCUGCUUCAGCUGCGUAAGCCAGCCAUCAUCACAGAGGCCGUGAGGGUGCUGAGCCUGCCCACUAAGGAGCCUGAGCUGGGGAGCCGCUGCCUGGCUUCUGGCUGGGGCAUCAUCAAGCCAGAUAAGUGUAUGCCUGGCUGCAGUGUGUGUGUGGGCCUCAACCUCAUGCCCCAUGAUGUCUGCCAGAUGGCCUAUUUGCAGAAUGUGACAGAAUUCCUGCUGUGUGCUGGGCACCAGGAAGGCGGCAAAAGUACCUGCAUGGCUGACUCCGGAGUCCCGCUCGUCUGUGAUGGGGUGUUCCAAGGUAUUACAUCGUGGGGUGGUGACCCCUGUGCCUGGCCCAGCCGGCCUAGCCUAUUCACCAAGGUGACAUUAUAUACGAAUUGGAUCAAAGUCACCAUGAAGGACAACCUGUGA